CAUCUGCCUGCUAUGAAAAUGGUUCAAAUCUUUGUCAUUUACAUUCAGCUUGUUGUCCUGAAAUGGAGGUUACUGAUGGAGCACAGACAAUGAGGAAGAAACCAGUAGCUGCAUCGUGUACGUGUCCAAAUGGAUACACAAAGCUGGAUAAUCAACAAAUUAGUCGUAACUGUUACCUCUUUGGCGGAAUAGAUCACUGUCUACCAUGGCAGUCGGCUGAGGAUAUAUGUAUGAGCACUCGGGGCGCUCACUUAUGGGUUCCUGAUACCGAAGACGAAGCGGAGGCACUACGGGAAAAGUUUGGAAUAGGUGAUGACGAUGCAGAUGUCUGGACCGGGGCCAAAGAUCUGAAGAAUAAUGGUACUUACCUGUUUACAAUGACCAAUACACAACUCGAUCUUGAUAAUCUACCGUUUGGACUUGAAGAAGGAUCGAACCGUGGCAGAUGUGUAGAACUAGAGUUUAAUGAUGAAGAGUUUUAUGCAGAUGGUUACUGGUAUGAUAUAUAUGGUUGGUUCUGGGAUGCUGAUGAGUGCGACGAAGAUGAGCUGUAUGUGUGCGAGUUUCCAGUUGAAUGUCUAUGACGAUUGACAGAUUUUGUUUCUUAUACUGAACUAAUUUCAAUCAAAACUGUCUGAUGAAUAAAAAAUUUAAAAACUUC